AUGCUAGUUCUUUUCUCUCUUCUCUCUCUUUUUCCCCUCUUAACCCCUAGUAGGGGUCAAAACGUUACUUCUUCCCUCGCUCGUUCCAAGCGCCAGUACAUGGACGGUCCUGAUCCUUUCCAUUCCCUUGGUGGAGUUAAUGAGAAUGGUCAGGCAAGGGCACCACUAGUUUUGGAGGCAACCCAUAACCUCACUUUGGUCAAUGGACCUAUGGGGAGAUGUGGAGUUUGUGCUCGGACAUAUAGAGUGCUCAAAGAUCUUCAAUAUAAGCCCAGUGAGGAAUGUCAACGUUAUGGCAAUAGUCGACAAGCAGCACUUGGAGAUCUUACAGAAUUCUACCACACGCUGUUCAAUAGCCCAAAACAGAAGGAGAUUACAACCUUCAUGUUGAGUGAUUCCUUUCCUGAUUUCACAUUCUCUGCAAGUUUUCUAUCCUCCAAUCCAGGGGCACCUCCAUUCCUGAUGAUUGAAGCAGCCAAGUCUGCUGAACAGGCUUUAUGUGUCCAGUCCCAUCGGUGUCCUGAACCGACAACCACAACUACCACUACUACUACCACAACCACUACAACAGCCACUCCCCUUCCCCCUUUUCAACAUCUACCGUCCACGAAUCCUUCCAUUAGUCAACCAGGUACAACUAAGCAUCCAACCUUUUGGGAUGCUGUUAUAGCUAACAGCUCGCCGCGAAUAUGGGUCAUCUCCACUGUCGUCUUGGCGUGUGUUUCUAUCAUUCUUCUCAUCACUCUCAUUUGUACUUGCUUCUGGAUGUGUCGGACAAAACGCAGCUAUUAUCGUAAGAGAUGCCGAGGCACCUGUCGUUUCGGAUGCAAAUGCACUCCUGAUACUAUUCGGCAGGCUGCAGCUGAUGCUGCCGUAUGCGGUCCUAUUGGUGGCGGUCAGACUAAUGGCUCAGUGCUAACGUACCCAAGUAUGGCACGGUCCUGGGGUUUGACUAAUAGCUCAAAAGCUCCAUUGAAUCAACUCUAUGUCUCACUAGGAACGAAUGAAAAGCUGAUGGGAACUCAGAGUUCAGGAACACCCCCCUCACAGCAGAUGUUCCCUCCAGGCCAACCUUUACUCGGAGACAACUGGCCACACCAGAUGACUUUCCAAAAGAGUCUUGCCACAAAAGAAGCUAUGUGGAGAAGUCAUAGUGAUGGAUCGUCCCUGUCUGAGCAUACCGUACCAUCUGCAGUGGGAAGUGGGCCUUGUGCAUUGCGAAAUCAGCCCUCUAGAUCGUCGGGACAGCAGCCUGGUGCAUAUCCGUUUAAUGCGAAUCCAUCGAGUGCUACAGCUAGCACUUGCAUGCAAAGCUAUGUCGGAGGAGUUUCUGCCCAAGGGGAUAGUGUACCUACUGAUGGACAUCCGGGGAGUCCUUUGCGCUUUGAUGAUGGCCAAAGCAGUGGACAAAAUGGGUUCGACCAUAAUGGUAUCACUACUCAACCUAUGGAGCUUCGUGGCAUAAAUGGUGGAUUGUAUGAUCAGAACACAGGAGUCUUGGGAGAUUCAUUUGCCCAACAUAGUGAAUUGACUAGUAUAACUCCCCCGGCAGGCUUCUAUGACCUCAAUGGCAAACCGACUAACAAUUCUAAACUGGAUCAACCCUGGACCUAUACUGCCCACCUACAGCAGUCUUCCUUUGCUCCUUCUUCCAAUUCCAAUAAUCUAAGCGGUGCUGUGAAGGUCUUACCAAAUGGAAACUCUCCGGCGGAUUACAAACGUCGGAAUGGCUAUCUGAAUGGUGACGUAGACGACAACUCAAUGCGAAGACCAACCGGUGGAUUAACUUCUCAUAUUCUUUCCCAUCCACUAACGGAAGGUGUGGAACAGAACUACAGUUACGAAGGGAAUAGUGACACUCCAUUAAGGGCUUGGACAGACGCCUUGGCCCAUUAA